AUGGACCAAAAACUAGGCUUUAAGUUCUCUCUUUCAGCACAGGAAUCACCAAGCCAUUCUUUCAAUUUCCUGUUUGAGGAAGACUCCACUAGUGAAUGUUCUUCUGAUGUAGCCCAAGACAUACCCCUCCCUGAGCUUCUUCUGUUGGGAACAGAGUCAGACCGUGAGUGUUCAUUUUCUCAGUUUUCUCCACCAAAAGCAGCACAGGUCAAGCCUCUGGGAAACAUGUUCCCCGAAGCGUCAUCCUUUGCGACUUCUAGCCAGGGAGAAGGGCCGCUCUCUGAAGCCCUUGCCAUAUUGAAAACUCAGCAAACGACUGCAUUUUCUCCUAGCACAGAGAUAGCAUACCGCCGCGCUCUCGAUUACCUCUUUGAGAACAAGCCAAUCUGGGAGCCUCCUUCACCAGAUGACAAAAUACUUGUACCUAACACUCCUUCUCCACAGAGAAAGAAGGUAGUCUCAGGGUUGCUCCUCUCUGAAAGACAUAAGACAUCACGUACCUGGUCUUUAGGUGACCCACUCGAGGACAUUUCAUCCCGUGAGCCUUCCCCUUCAGGGGCCCAUGAGGCACUAGCCCCUGAAGCUUUUCUAUCGACAAAGGUGACUGUUUAUGAAUUUCCUCCCACAGAGCCAGUGUCACCACCUUCUACAUCUCUCGAUGUCCUGUUCGAAGACACGUCAAUCCAUGAGUUUUCUUCCCAGAUCCACGAGGUAGCCCCUGAAUUUCCUGCUGCAGUACGAAAGAAGCCAGUAUAUGAAUUUUCUCCUUCAAAGGUACGACCACUGCCAUCCCAAAGAUCUCUUGAUUUCCUUCUCGAGGACCAGGCAGCCUUUGAGCCUUCUUCCCAGGCCCAUGACAGUGAUUUCUCUGAAUCUCCUCCUUUAGUGGCAAAGAAGCUAGUUUUUGAGGUCUCUCCUCAGGCAUCACCAGGACCUUCAUCUCCCGAUUUUCUGUUUGAGGAUGACAUACCAGGAUCCUCGUAUCCCAGUUUCCUCCUAGACGAUGACAUUCUGAGACCCUCGUCUCAUGAUUUCCUACUAGACGAUGAGUUGCCAGGACCCUCCUAUCGCAGUUACCUACUAGACGAUGAGUUGCCAGGACCCUCCUAUCGCAGUUACCUGAUAGACGAUGAGUUGCCAGGACCCUCCUAUCGCAGUUACCUGAUAGACGAUGAGUUGCCAGGACCCUCGUAUCGCAGUUACCUGACAGACGAUGAGUUGCCAGGACCCUCGUAUCGCAGUUACCUGAUAGACGAUGAGUUGCCAGGACCCUCGUAUCGCAGUUACCUGAUAGACGAUGAGGUGCCAGGACCCUCAUCUUCCAGUUUCCUAGUAGAAGAAGAAAAGGCAAGAUUCUCAUCUCCUGAUUUCCCAAUAGAGGAAGAGGAAACCCUUGAUUAUACUUCAUUAUUAUAUAACAGAUCAGUAUCUCCUCACCCGCUGGGAAAAAAAUCAGUAUUUGCUCCUUCUCCCAAUACUUGCAGCGCACAGACAAUACCAUACAUCGAUUCUCUCAAUUUCCUGAUUGAUGACAAGUCAGCUGGUGAGCCUUUGAGCCAAGCCCAAGAGAUGCUAUCUUCUGAGUCUCCUAUGUUGGGAAGGAAGUUAGGCUAUGAAUUUAAGCCCCUAGAUUUACUCUUUGAGGAAGGGUCAAGCCCAGAGGCAGCUUCUAUACCGAUCCACAGCUUAGUAAUCCCUGCCACAUCUCCAGGAGAAAAGUACCUGCCACAGUACAAGUCUCCUGAUUUCAUGUAUGAGGACCCUUCUGCCUUCCAGUAUUUUCCUUCGGGGGUCCACGAUCUGGUAUUCCCCGACAUGACUUCUGGAAUAGACAAUUACGGCUCUCAGUUUGCUUCUUCCCGGGCACAGAUAGUGACAUCUCCCAGCUCUCUUGAUUUUCUGUUCCAAGACCAGUUAACAGGUGACCCUUCGUCACCAGACCCUGUCAUACUACUUCCUGGAUCACCCGACUCAGUGGGGGAACGGCCAAUCUUUGAGUUUUUUUCUUCCCAGGAGGAGAAGACAUUCUGUGACUCUACUUCAGACCAAGGGAGGCUCUUUUAUGAUGUUCCUCUGUCCCAGAACCAGGAGUUAGAACCUGAAUCUUCUUUCCGAGCGGAACAGCGAGUGGCUGAGGCUUUUAGUUCCCAUGUCUUUUUUCCUUUUGAGGAAGAGAUGAUGCCAGUGGGGGGGGAUCUUACUUCCCAGGUCUCAGAGGAACAAGUAUACGAGUGUUCUUCGACCUGUAUGCCUGAGAGUACCGAUACUGAAGCUACUCCUCCCCAGGAAUCAGAUGACGAUGACGAUGAAGAGGAAGAUGACAACGAUGAAGAUGUCAGCAAUGAUGAAGAUGGUGAGAAAGACCACGACAAAGACAGCGGCAAAGAUGACAGCGACAGAGACGAUGGAGGUGGUGAUGACGGUGGCGACGGAGACGACGAAGACGGUGGCGACGGAGGCAAGAAAGGUGAUGACGGAAGCAAGGAAGGCGGCGACGAAGGCAAGGAAGGUGGCGACGAAGGCAAGGAAGGCGGCGACGAAGGCAAGGAAGGCGGCGACGGAGGUAAGGAAGGCGGCAACGGAGGCAAGGAAGAUGGUGGCAAUGUCAACAAAGACAGUGGCGACAUUGACGAAAACGGCAGCAAUGUUGGUGACAAAGAUGGCGGCAACAUCAACAAAGAUAGCAGUGACGUUGACAAAGACUGCGGCAAUGGCAAUGAUGUUGACAAAGACAGCAGCGAUGGCAGUGACAUCAACAAAGACGACGGCGACAACAAAGACGGUGGUGACAACACAGAUGAUGACAACAAAGAUGACAGCUACAACAAAGACGGCAGUGACAACACAGAUGAUGACAACAAAGAUGACAGCUACAACAAAGACGGCGGUGACAACACAGAUGACAAUGACAAAGACGACAACAAAGACGGCAGCAACAAGACAGACAAUGACAAAGAUGACAACGACAACAAAGAUGACCGCGACAACAAAGAUGACGACAACAAAGAUGACAACAAAGAUGAAAAAGAUGAUGAAGAUGAUGAAGAUAACAAAGCACUUCCUAUGUGGAAAGAAACCAUCUGAAUUGUCUCCUCCCCAACUGAUGAAGUGAAGUAAUCUCCCCAACAAAAAGCAAGUCUUAGAAUCAAACUUCCCUCCUAAGCAACUUACUUUACAUGAAUUAGUUUCAAUACAAAAAAUAUAACUGUUCAAUUAGUCCAUAUUUCUGUGAGGAUUCUUAGUCUAGUCCUCAUAUAUUGAGGCAUUUUCCUUUUAGAAAUUAUAGAUAAUCUAGACUUGGUCUACUCAUUCUGUUUUGUUCACUUUAUCCUAUUUCAGGUUUUCAGACUUCUUUAUAGUUUUUUUUUAAUUAAUUUGUUUUUAAUUGCUUAACAGUAUCAAAUGAAAAUGCCACAAUUUCUUUAUCCAUCCCCUCUUCCACUGGAAAUUUCAGUUCCUUCCAUUUUUUUUUUUGGUGGGGGAGGGUGUUUUUUGUUUAGUAUUUUGGGGCAAUCAAGUAAUGCAUCUCUGAAAAUCUUUGAACACGUGCCUCUUUUUGGUUCAUUUUUUUAAAAACCUUUUUUCAGGGCUUAUUUCCCAGUAAUGGAAUCAUCUGAUCUAAAAGCAUGGAGUGAGGGGAUAGGGGAUGAGGAGAGGAUAAUGUUUUCUGCCUCCUGCAAAGUUGGUCUCCAAAAACUACGUUUUCCUGAGGAUUAUUCAUUCUUUCCCAGGCAUUUUCCCCCUUCUAGAGUUGUUAGUCUAUACUAUGUUCUACUUUUUUCACUGUGCCACAUUUCAUAAUUUUCCAUAUUCCUUUAUACUUUUCUUAAUUAUCUUUAAUCAUGGAGUAGUAUCAAAUGAACAUGCCACAAUUUACUCACUCAUUCCCCUUUUCCAUUUUAAAUUGCAGUUGCUUCCAGUUUUUUGGGAAGGGGAUUUUUUGUUUGUUUUGCAGUCCAAAUAAUGAGGCUCUGAAAAUCAACACAUGGCUCUUUUUCAUUCAUUAAAAAAAAUCUUUUCAGGGUUUAUUUUUCAAUAAUGGAACUAUUUGGUUAAAAGGAUGAGGGGGGAGGAGAGAAGGCUAAUGUUUUUUCUGCCUGCUGCCAAGUUACUCAUCAAAAAAUAUCUACAGGUUUAUCAUUUGACCACGACUGACUAUCAAUGUUUUCUCCAUAACCCUGCCUGCCCAGGAGUGAAUUUUACUACUUCUAGUGUGAUGCUCAUGAGAUAAUACUUCAGUUUAAUUUGAGUAUCUUUAAAGUUGAGUUUUUAAGUGAAAAGUAAGAAUUUGUUUUCUCUUUCAAAAAUUAUUUGUUCAAUCUUUUUAAAAAACCAUUUAUUAU